AUGAUUACAUUUUUGCCGGGCUACGCUAAAGACGCACGCGAGGACGACUUGGUGUGUGUCGCUAGCACUGGAGGGGCACCGACUGACAUAGCCGCAGGUCUGCGUGCCUAUGAACAUUAUCACGCGCAGUUCAUGGGCGAAAUUGGUGCACCACUGCGAAUGCGUGCCCUGCAGCGGUUCUUCGAAGAUCUUGGCGUGAAAAUAACGAAGCCUCGCUCUAGAGAUUCAACAAAGCUAAGCUCAUUCUCACUAUAUGAACAUUCCCAAGGACGACACGGUAUUCAAUGGGAC